CCUCAAGACAUUCGAUAUCGGCCGGGACGACGACAAAAAUGGGCUCGACAAGACUUUACAGCAAGGGACGCGUUCUCGGCCACAAGCGCGCUAAGCGCAACACCCGCCCCAACACCUCUCUGAUUCAGAUCGAGGGUGUUUCUACCAAGGAGGAUGCGCAAUUCUACCUGGGCAAGCGCGUCGCAUAUGUCUACCGGGCAAAGAGGGAGGUCCAGGGCUCCAAGGUCCGCGUAAUCUGGGGACGUGUGACUCGUCCGCACGGCAACUCUGGUGUAGUAAAAUCGAAGUUCAGGUCGAACUUGCCGCCUCACGUCUUCGGUGCUAGUGUCCGUGUGAUGCUUUACCCCUCUGCCAUCUGAUUAUCGUAUUGCUUUCCUUGCAUUUCUGGCUUCCUCCCAUGUGUCGACAUAGUGCAAAAUAUGACAUGCUCCAUGAUCUGCACACA